AGCCCGGAAACUCACAGUGGUUUCACCUUCGUUCCACGUUCCUUGGUUCUUCUGCCUGGCAGCCUCCUCCUUCUCCAUCGAAUAUUGCGGGAGUUAUCAUAAUACCCUGAAGGGGGGGAAAACGGGUCGGGGGAUGUAGGCGGUGCUGAAAUGACCGGCUUUGAAGAACCUGCAGGCAAAGUUUCGUCCAAUCGUCUGAGCCUGUCCUCUUAUUCCCGGUUGUAACUAAAUACUGCUGCGAGCGCAGCCGAAGCCCUUUGUUGGAGAUGUGUGAGCGCAGUCUCUACAGAGCGGGCUAUGUGGGCUCGCUUCUGAAUCUGCAGUCGCCUGACUCCUUCUACUUCUCCAACCUGCGGCCGAAUGGCGGCCAGUUGGCCGCGCUCCCCCCCAUCUCAUACCCGCGAGGGGCGCUGCCCUGGGCCACCACGCCCGCGUCCUGCGCCCCAGCGCAGCCUGCCGGUGCCACCGCUUUCGGCAGCUUCUCGCAGCCCUACCUGGCCGGUUCCGGGCCGCUUGGUCUACAGCCCCUGGGCGCCAAGGAUGGACCCGAAGAGCAGGCCAAGUUUUAUGCGCCCGAUGUGGCCGCUGGGCCGGAGGACCGUGGCCGUGUGCGGCCGCCCUUCGUCCCCGACUCUAGCCUGGCCCCCGCGGCCGCUGCUCUCAAAGCGGCCAAGUACGACUACGCGGGUGUGGGCCGUGCGGCAGCGGGCUCUGCAGCCCUGCUCGAGGGGACCCCCUGCGCUGCCGGCUUCAAGGACGACACCAAGGGCCCGCUCAACUUGAACAUGACAGUGCAGGCGGCGGGCGUCGCCUCUUGCCUGCGACCUUCGCUGCCCGACGGCCUGCCGUGGGGGGCGGCCCCAGGGAGGACCCGCAAGAAGCGGAAACCCUACACCAAGCAGCAGAUUGCGGAGCUGGAGAACGAAUUCCUCCUCAACGAAUUCAUCAACCGCCAGAAGCGCAAGGAAUUGUCCAACCGGCUGAACCUCAGCGACCAGCAGGUCAAAAUCUGGUUCCAGAACCGGCGUAUGAAAAAGAAGCGCGUGGUCCUGCGCGAGCAGGCGCUGGCGCUAUACUAG